UUCAGUGAAGUGUGGCGUAAUAAUGUUUUGUGUGGUUUCUGAAACAAACAUAUAACUUUUAAAGGAACUUGACAGAAAGUCUGGUGUGAAAAUGCUUUUCGUGGGAGCAACACUGACCUGAUACCAGAGUGCAAGGUGGUCACGGUUUUGUGGAGAACUUCAAGACAUCCGUUUUUCGAGCUCUCACUGGUACUUCAACACACAACGCACACACGACUCGAUUCUUGGAACACUUCGAUGCAACGCCCUACGCGUCUCGACCUUUCUAUCGCAAUUGGAAGACGGGGGCAAGCUACACCAUUAAAUGGACUUGCAUUAGGGGAGACUGUUGUCCUCUUCGUACGAGCACCAUUAACGAUAUGUACGAGGAUCCUCAACACCACAGUAACCCGAUGGCCUCUGUGGCGUGAUCCCAAACGUUUCCACAAGACAGUGGAGACGCACAGUAGACAUGUUACUUCAUCUAGAAAAGCUUCAUCAAAGCUCUGCAUCCCGGCACUUCAGAAUAUUCGACACAACACCACCACAGCACCAUAACCAGCUGACAGGACUUGUUUACGAGAAUUCCUUCAACUUCUUCCACUCCGAUCUGCUUCGGUGUAAAAUCAACUUUACAUGAUGGUUCUUGGCCAUACGUUCUCCGUUUAGAAACCCCAUUUCUGUGCUCCCAUGAGGGCUCUUUCAGACAUCAAAGACCCUAAGUACGGUUAAUUCAGUACAGCUGUAGGAUGAAAAGACAUUUUGAUAUGCACUACGUGUGGUUCACCGAAGCUGGCUGCCUAAAUCCGAGGGCUUUUAAUAGAACAUUCUACUGACUAGAACUUGUUAAACUUUAAUACUGUAUAACGAACUAAUAUAAUUUUACUGAGACGAGUGUCACAUAGAAAAGCGAGGUAACUUGUUAGUUUGUGCGGUGUUAGGGAACUUGAUGUUGACAAGUGGAUCUUGAAAAUUGUGCGUGUGUGCUUUGAUGUCUGUAGGUAAAGUUUUCGACGUGGAAACUGAAUACGGUAGUACCACUAUUAAAACAACGACCUGUUCUUUUAAAUUUUAUCGAGUUAAGUGUAACGUAACAGUACAGAAGUAGUUUCGUAACUUCUUCCGUGUGGAUUUCAUUUCCGCUGCUACAAGCCUGCGUGCGGAACAUUAUUGGCGCGUGAAUCGGAUAGAAUUCACAUUUAUUUAUACGUUGUUUUUAUACGUUAAGUGUGUGCGUACGUAUGAGACGUGCGUGAGUUGCCAUGAAGCCUGGUGCGUGAUAAUGACGGUGGUUGCCAUGCCUACCAACAUAGCAACAACAACGACUGCGACCACAACUUCUACCACCACAACAACAUGGACUCUGUUCAUGGUCUCCUUGUACUACUUUGUCACCAUCCUGCUUAUUCGUGACCUGAGAUGUCACGCCCUUGAACUGGUGAACUGCGGUGUGCCCCUGGGACUCGAAACCGGAGCGAUUCCUGACUCCGACAUUACGGCAAGUUCAGCGUAUGACUUCGGCAUCGUGGGACCCCAACAUGGAAGGUUGCGUCACGAUAAGAACGGAGGCGCUUGGUGUCCCAAGCAUAUGGUGACACGAGAGGCGUUGGAGUAUCUGGAGGUGAACCUCCACACGAUGCACGUAAUGACUGCUGUGCAGACCCAGGGUCGAUUUGGUAACGGGAUGGGUCAAGAGUAUGCCGAGGUGUAUAUGUUGGAAUACUGGCGACCUGGUUUCAACAGCAACACGUGGGCGAGGUGGAAGGAUCGUGGCGGUAAAGAGAUGAUCCCAGGAAACAGGAACACGUACUCAGUGGUAGAGCAGCGGUUGGACCCUCCUGUUCUGGCGACGAAGGUCCGCGUUAUGCCGUUCACAGAACAUGUUCGCACGGUGUGCAUGAGGGUGGAGCUCGUCGGAUGUCGCUGGCACGAGGGUCUGCUGAGCUAUUCCAUGCCUCAAGGCGUGCAGAGAGGCACCGAGGUUGACCUCUCGGACAGAACGUAUGACGGACGAGAGGAGUCGGGCUAUUUGAGCGGCGGACUCGGACAGCUGGUCGACGGACAGAAAGGACAGGACAUUUUCAGACUUGACCUCAAAGGUCACGGCAAAGGUUAUGAGUGGGUCGGGUGGCGCAAUGAUACAGUCGGCAUGGCGGGACAUCCGGUCGAAAUCGUGUUCGAGUUCGACCGUGUCCGAAACUUCUCCGCGAUGUAUCUCCACACCAACAACUUGUUCAGCAAGGACGUCCAGGUCUUCUCACACGCCAAAGUGCACUUCAGUAUUGGCGGUCAUCAGUUUUUCGGGGAGCCUGUGUUCUUCUCCUACAUGCCAGAUGUCAUCAUGGAACACGCACGGAACGUCACCAUAAAACUGCAUAAUCGUGUGGGACGAUACGUGAGGCUACAACUUUACUUCGCAGCCAAGUGGAUUAUGGUCAGUGAGGUCUCCUUCGAUAGUGUCGUAGUGUCAGGAAACUUCACGGAGGAGGAGAUUGAAGGCGGGAUCCUGAAGACAGACGAUCACGGCAAGGAGUAUCCACUGCAGAGAGACGAAGUGCAGACUACGCCGAGUCGAGACGACAGAGCCAACAGCGCAGGGGCUGAGUCGGGUGACCCUGGAGGACCGGACAGCUCGGUGUCCAAGCAAUACAUCGGCCUGGUGAUCGGCGUCCUCACUGCCGUCAUCCUGCUGUUGAUGGGCGCCAUCAUGUUCAUCGUGGUGCGCAAUAGGCGUCUAAAGUCAGGCCCUGGGCACAGUGUUCUGCCCGCGGCGUUUGGCGGGACCCAGAAAGGAGUCACCAUAAACAUGAAGGAACUGCAGAUGCGAGUAAACGUGAAUGCUAAUGGACAGGUGUAUGGUCAGGUGUCCGUGGAGGACCCGUCAGAGGUGGACAAGAGCGCCGUCUACCACGAGCCCUACAACCUCAACAUGUACAGCGCCCAGGGCGGCAAGACCCAGCAGACCAAGGAAUUGUCCCAGCGCCAUCCGAACAGCCCUGACUACACCGACGUUCCCGAUAUUGUAUCUCAGGAAUACGCGGUGCCUCACAUCAGCAACGACGGAACACCACCUCCCCCGUUCCCCAUCGCUCCCCCCGCGACGCCAGCUAGAACACUGCCCCCUUUACACAAUUUCUUCCCCAAACCACCAGCUGUUCCACCGCCACCUGAGAAAUAUUAUGCAGCCACAGAAAUCUGUAAGCAGGCCGCUCCACAGCCACCGUCGCCACCGUUAUCCCCUCCCCCCUUGAUGGUCCCGCAGUUGACCAGUGUCAAAGGGACAAUCGGAUCCUCUACAUUCGGCGAAGCUGUCAGUCCUGAAGCGCUGACGACAGCGACCGAUGAGGAGGACGAAGAUGAAGAUAUGCCAUUGUGCCAUUUCCCUAGGGAACACCUACGUGUUUUGGAGAAACUGGGACAUGGGGAAUUUGGAGAGAUCCACCUCUGUGAGGUGGAGGGCUUCCCGGACUCUGUGGAUGUCCUCAGGCACAGCGAAUGCAAGCUCGUAGCAGUAAAGUCAUUGAGACCUGGCGCGUCUCAAUCUGCAAGGUCAGACUUUCAGCAAGAAGCUCGCUUGCUGGCAAGGCUACGAGAUCCAAAUAUCGUGAGAGUGCUCGGAGCCAGCCUAGAUGACGAGCCUUUGUGUGUCGUGGUGGAGUAUAUGGAGUGUGGGGACCUGAACCAGUUCCUGCAGGAACACAUAGCAGAGACGGCGUCGCCACUGCCUCGGAAUGCCAAGACACUCAGUUACGGCUGCCUUAUUUUUAUGGCGACGCAAAUUUCUUCGGGAAUGAAAUACCUGGAGUCAUUAAAUUUUGUUCACAGAGAUCUGGCAACGAGGAACUGUCUGGUGGGCAGAGGAUACGGCAUCAAAGUAUCUGACUUUGGUAUGAGUCGCAGUCUGUACUCAGCUGACUAUUACAGUAUGGAGGGCAGAGCGCUUCUUCCAGUACGCUGGAUGGCUUGGGAAAGUGUGCUGUUGGGUAAAUUCACAACCAAGAGCGACGUUUGGUCAUUUGCAGUAACGCUAUGGGAGAUUCUCACGUUUGCACGUGAACAACCGUUUGAAGAUCUCAGUGAUGAGAAGGUUGUCGAGAAUGUAACACACUUCUACCAGGAUGAUGGACACCAGGUGUAUCUGCCAGUGCCAAUAAACUGUCCGAAAGAAAUCUAUGACCUGAUGUGCGAGUGCUGGCAGAGGAACGAGUCCGACAGGCCCAACUUCCGAGAGAUUCACCUCUUCCUGCAGAGGAAGAACCUCGGCUACAAGCCGAAUACGGAUUGACGAUGGAUGUUUACGACAGAGUAUGUACGCAACCUCACGGCACUGUGGGGGAGGACACAGGUUUAUCGUGACGUAGUUUGAGUGACUACUGCGGUUAGGAUUUGCCCGUAUCAUAAUAAUAUGGUAUUUUUAAGAGCGAUAAGUGUGGGAUCUUGUAAACUUAAUUUUUUACAUUAUACAGGUUUCUUUUCAUUACAGCUAUAAAAUUAUCUACUGCUCUUUAUCACAUGUUAAUAACGGCACAGUUUAAAUACAACGCUAUUUAAAAUAUUUACAAACAGUGGAAAAGUGAAAUAUUAAAACAUACUUUUGACUUAUAUAUCUGAUCAAGGAUCGCUGAUUUUGUCAGAGGACACUCUUGAAAUUUUGCGUCAUACAAAAGCCAUACGGCGUAGCGCAGAAGGCAAGGAAGAGGCUGCGAGUACGAUCCGUGUAGCUUAUGUUAGUGUUCGGGGUGUCUGAGGUUCACCGCUGGCACUCCUCGGUCAAAUGUUAUGCGCCGUGUUCGUUCAGAAGAAAUUACUGUGCCUAUUUGAUGAUAACAUGAUUUGAGUGACAGUUUGUUAGUUAGGAUCGAGGUAGUCGUCGUCA